CCUCUUUUUCCCCUGUUUCUCCCUUUCCACUCUAGGCAGAAGGAUGUCCCACCCCCGUGAGAGCGCGCUGGAGCUGCGAGUCGGCAAGAAGUUCCGCCUGGGCCGCAAGAUCGGCAGCGGAUCGUUUGGCGACAUCUACCUGGGCACCAACAUGACGUCGGGCGAGGAGGUCGGCAUCAAGCUCGAGUCCGUCAAGAGCAAGCACCCGCAGCUGCUCUACGAGUCCAAGAUCUACAAGAUCCUCAACGGCGGACUGGGCGUGCCGAGCCUGCGGUGGUUCGGCGUCGAGGGCGAGUACAACGUGAUGGUCAUCGACCUGCUCGGCCCCUCGCUCGAGGACCUGUUCAACUACUGCGGCCGCCGCUUCCAGCUCAAGACCGUGCUGAUGAUCGCCGACCAGCUGCUGUGCCGCCUCGAGUACUGCCACUCGAAGAACUUCAUCCACCGCGACGUCAAGCCCGACAACUUCCUCAUCGGCCUGGGCAAGCGCGCCCAGAUCGUGCACGUGAUCGACUUCGGUCUCGCCAAGAAGUACCGCGACCCCAAGACGCACCAGCACAUCCCCUACCGUGAGAACAAGAACCUCACGGGCACGGCGCGUUACGCCUCCAUCAACACCCACGUGGGCAUUGAGCAGAGUCGUCGUGACGACCUCGAGUCCCUCGGCUACGUGUACAUGUACUUCAUCCGCGGCAGCCUGCCGUGGCAGGGACUCAAGGCCAACACGAAGAAGCAGAAGUACGAGAAGAUUAUGGAGAAGAAGAUGAACACCCCCAUCGAGGUGCUCUGCAAGGGCUACCCGGCCGAGUUCCGUGCCUACUUCGAGUACUGCCGCGCGCUGCGCUUCGACGACAAGCCCGACUACGCCUACCUCAAGCGUCUCUUUAAGGAGCUCUUCUUCCGCAAGGGCUUCCAGUUCGACGCCAUGUUCGACUGGACGGUGCUCAACCUCCGCAGCGGCCGCCGCGAGCGUGGCACCAGCGGCGAGGGCGAGCGCAGCGCUCGCGCUGACCCGCGCCAGGAGGCUGCCCGUGACGGCCGCCAGAUCGCGUCGCAGGGCCGCGUGUACGUCCGUGACGAGGCCAAGGAGGGCGACGCCCAGAUGCAGGCGCAGCAGUCGUACCGCUCGGCGGGCUACCGCGACGACAGGCAAGUGGCCAUGGACGCGGGUUACCCCGCCCCGCGCGUGGCCACCGGUGCCAGCCGUGACGCUCUUGGUGAGGCCAAGCCCAUGAGCCGACAGCGCUACUGAGCUUAGCGAUCUGUCACGGAGCAUGUUGUGCUGUUGCUGCCAAGUUUUUGGCGGUGAUCCACGACAACGCUGCUCCACGCCUGGUGUGUCUUUGGUGAGGUGGUGUUGGUUGAGAGAUCGAUGACACUGCACGGAAGACCGCGAACCCGAUUGAGAACGAUGGACACUGCUGAAGAACUUGAUGGAACGAUGAGCGAGCGACUGAGGAAGCGCGAACAUACCCAAAUAAAAAAGGAUGACGGAGGACGGAGAGACACACGAAGAGACCUGAAGGCCGCUCACGAGAAUGGAAGAUGGUGGAUCAGACGACGACGUCGGACGACCCGAGGACUUUGUAGUUGUAGUGAGAAAGAAGGAGGAUGAGAGAAGAGAAAGCAAGAGGAUGAUAUGGCUGCAGCCACGAAGCGCCCAUUGAGUCCCCUUGAGGUGGAUGAUGCCAGGCCCCCAGUACCGCGGCGAAGGUAGCUGCGGUUGGUCUUUGACGAGGCCGCGGUCGGGUGGCAUGCGACGCGUUCGCUAACAUGUGCGCUCAACGCAGCCCUUGGUAACUUCGGACUUUGAUUUUUCAUUUUUUUGUGAUAAAUAAAUUUACCACCAAGUAACGCCCGAGGUGUCCGUGCUCGUACCAUGGAGGACAGGAAAACUGCAUCAAGAGGUUGUUACUCUUCUGACUUAAAGCUCGGACUGAGAACAACGGAGCAGCGUCUCCGUUCAGGGCGAGGAAUGAGAUCCGUAUCGAUGAAAUGAGCUGCACUGCGACGUCGCACGCGUCGGUAUAGCGUGUUCUUGGUGCGAGCUGUGAUGAUCCGGUCGGUGUCUUCGAACAGGAAGUCACCCAGGCUGUAGAUGGGGAUGCCCAUGUCUUGGAUCGCCCUCAUGCGGUUGAAGUGGCGGUAGACGCUCGAGUUGACCUGCCGCUCGUGCUCAGAGCGGAUGUCGAAGAUGAAAGGAACUAGGUGCUGCUGGAAGAUAUCCACCUCGUUCUUGAAAGUGUGGAAGCGGAUGAGCUCCUUCUGCCAGCUAACCAUCUCAUCGGAGAUGUUGGCUAACCCCAUUCGAUAGGCAGCGUCGUCCAUCUUCCGCUUUUCAGCGUUUUCAGCAGACUCGAGGUUCUGUUCGCAAUAUACCGACAACGGUUAGCUUUGGCUUUGAGUGUGAUCGGAGUGAAUACAACAUACCAUGGUCUCAGUCUGCUUGACAAGAUCUUGGUACGCGUCAAGGACAGGUUUAGCGUUGAGUCUGUCAGCUCGACUCCAGCCCGACUUUGCUAUCUGUUCCAGCACAUUGUUAGUUAGACUUUGAGGUUUCACGCUUGCCUCGGAGACCGAACUCACCUUCGCUGUAUGCCUUGCACCCGUUUGCUCAGGCUUGGAUGGAUACUUUGGUACAAUCGGAAUGGCCCGCUGGAAGUGAUCGCCUUCACGAACGAGCCACGGAACUUUCACGGGACGAAUAGGACCGAUCGAGAUUUUGCGCGGUACGAUCGGAGGGACUGGACGCUGAGUCUUGUGAUCAUCCAAUGCUGACUGUUGCUUGGGGCGGUGCGGUUGCAUCGGUGUCGUUGCUGGUGUCACGUUAUUCCACGGACUGACCGCAUUUGAUCGAAAACCCUGCAGCAGCACAAGUACAUUGCCUUAGUCAGCUCGCUUAAUCUCGUUCAUUGGUGCGCAACACGUACAUCGAUAUCGAAGCCGUCGCUCUCUCGGCUGGAAAUUUGGCGCCGUGAAUCUGACCGGCCUGUCAUUUGCAGCGCAACAACACCUGGGUCCAAAGCUCUAACAGAAUGGAGAGUUUUCAAUAGAUCUCGAUAAGAGUUCUCGAUAAAUUUAUGGCAACGCAGCUGGACAUGACAAUAAGCCUAUUUUUGACGAGGUGACCAUCAGCGAUGAUUCACCACUAAGGUCUGCAUAUGCUAGAGAUUUCUCGAGGCUUGAAUGCUUCUGUGUUGGCACUGUUCCUUCAUACCUGGAUCAGCAAACAUCUCAUUGCUUUUAUCAAUGCAAGGAGGCAGCUCUACCUUCGUAGGUGAUCAAAGCAAUUGUAGAUUUGAUAAGUAUACAACAAAGCGACCAAAACUCCGACGCCAUCCACGUUCGCCUGCAAAUUAAUCAGCGUCGAAUCCACGUCUGUACCCGAGCAGCCUUGAACGUCUAAAGGUCCUCCAUGUCGUCGCCGCUGGGCUUGGGGUGUGCAGGCUUGUACGUCUCGACACCCUUUCCGGCGCCUUGCAUGGCCUCGUUCUGUGUGUACUGCUUCUGAGCGACGUCUUUCAUUCUACAUUCACCAACAGGCAAAAACCAGUCAAAAUCAAUGCCAAUAGCAACCAUCUGCAACCAAAAGCCGUCCUACCUCCGCUUGUGCACCUUGGUCUUGAGGUGCACGUCGCGCGUCUUCUCGUCGAUAAAGUGGCGGCCGCACGGCGUGCAGUAGAAAUGACCCAGACUACACAACAACCACAAGAAAUCAGUGCAAAAUAUUGUCAGUACACUGUACUACAGGUUGCAGCAAUACAACGGCAGGCUGACGCACCCCGGCAGGUCCUCGUCCUCCUCGAAGGCCAUCUUCUUGCCCGAGAGCUUCUCCACGCGCAGGUCAUCCUGGAUCUGGUCGAUGUCGCGCGCGCGGUUCUUGGUGGCGUGGCCGCGCUUGUACUGCUUCUUCUUGGCGUGCGCGCGCGCCCUGCCCGAUCCCGAUCGUCCGGUGCCCAUGACUACAGUACGUAGGUCUCUGCUCGAGGUGCUGGCGAGUGGUGCAGUGCACGCUAUGCAUGGAAAUUUCAAGCGAAGCGAUUGGAUGGGAGCAAUAAGGUUCGUAACAGAUAUGUAACGUGUUAGGUUAAAUCUCACACGUCGCAGAAUUUCCGGGAUCAGUAGCGGAACGACUUGCGGGUCAACUCGAGGCGGAUAUCGUCCUUGAGCGACUGGAAAAUGGUCGGGAACGCCAUCACGUCGCGCGGUUUCGUGUCUACCCACAGCUUGUUGAAGCGCGUGAAAAUUGUGGCUGCGCGCAUUGAAGGUUAAGGAAGUUAGAGAAGUUAGAAAAUGGAUUGGUUCGAUCGAGCAGCUCAAACGCACCGUAGACAUCGUGGAGCUCCUUUAGUCCGACGUUAACGCUGUUGUUUUCACCCCCAGCACCAUGGCGGUACAACUUGAUGUCCAGCAGACGCUCGUCAAUCAGCUCGAUCAUGAAGGCUGUCACGUUGAUGCCCGUCACGGCGAACGGGUACCAGCGGGUUGGGUGGUUCGACUCUUCCAACGCACUGACAACAGAAACAUCGCACAAUAUUAUAUAAGCACAGCUUCUCCGAACGCACCAACACAGCGGCAAGGCCCACCGUUGAGCUUCAACUUUGUAGUCUUUCGUGAAGUGGUUGAGCUGAAUCAGCGAGAAGACGCCCAUGCCUCGGAAGUCCGACAUCGGAUCGGUACCUAUACGCAAAAAGUAAAGCGUAAGCUUCUCCAAUGCAAUGUAACAUAUCGCGCAUAAAGAUCUCACCUUGGAAGCCGAUCUCGCCCCACUCCUUCGUGAUGCGUCCACCUUCGCGGCGCACAUCAGGCUUGAGAUUCUUCCACAGCUGCUCCAGCAUCUCCUCGUGCUCCUGCUUGGACGAGCUGUAGCUUUCGUUCUUCAGCGCGUACACACGCGAAUACACCGUGUUGACAAAAUUGCAGCGCUGAAGACACGAGCGCACAUUGGCCAUCAACCUGGAAACGAACACAACCACAUACAUCCCCAACAUCAACCGAUCUUCCGAGCAAUCCCCAUCAAACCUCUCACACAUUCAACUCA